GCGUCUAGGUGUCGUUCCUCCACACAUGUAGAGAAACAGAAGAAGACGUGCGGCAGUGUUGGUGAUUGAUGAUCUGAUCUCUCCGACUCUACUAAUCAUCUUUACAUUCCAAUAUUUCUGACAGGGUUUUACCCCCACACUUCCAUCUGAUCCGUUGUGGGGGGAUUUGAGCUGCUUAACUGCCUUCUGCUGGGGAGAUCAGUUGGAAACCAUUCAUCUGACAAAUAACAUCAUCUAUCCGAAAACAACAAGAUUUCAGCAUCAUACUGCAGUUGGUCUAAAAGGGAUUAAAGGAUACAAGCGGUGACUCUUCCUAAAUAUCUAUACUUCCUCAUGAACAAAAUAAGAUGAAAGGAAAUGAGAUCAAACUCGAGAAUCUGGAGCCGACAGAGAGCUCCAGUAGCCUCCAGUGGUCAUCUGGUGCAUUCCACACUGAUGCCUCUCAGAGACCGGUACAGAAAGACCUUCACCAGUGCUCCCAGUGCGGAAAACGUUUCAGUCAAAAGUGCAAUCUCAAACAACACCAGCACAUUCACACGGGAGAGAAGCCGUAUCAGUGCUCCUACUGUGAGAAGAGGUUCAGUCUGAAGAGCACUCUGAAACAACACCAGCGAACACACACCGGGGAGAAACCGUAUCAGUGUUCGGACUGCGGGAAGAGCUUCUCACAAACGACUCACCUCCAGCAACACCUGCGCAUUCACACCGGAGAUAAACCCUACCGCUGCGUGGACUGUGGGAAGAGUUUCAGUCGGGUGGGAACGCUCCACAUCCACCAGCGCCUUCACACCGGGGAGAGGCCGUAUUACUGCUCACAGUGUGGGAAGUGUUUCAGCGAGAGAGGAACCCUGGUACAGCACCUUCGCAUUCACACGGGAGAGAAACCCUACCAGUGCUUACAGUGUGGGAAGAGCUUCGUUGGAAAGAGUAAUCUGAAACAACACCAGCGUAUUCACUCUGGGGAGAAGCCGUAUCCGUGCUCGUACUGCGGGAAGAGUUUUACACAGAGAGGGAAUCUCCGGAAACACCUCCAUAUCCACACUGGAGUUAAACCGUAUCAGUGUUUAGAGUGUGGGAAGAGUUUUACACAAGGAACCGAUCUCCAGCUUCACCAACACAUUCACACGGGGGAGAAGCCCUAUUACUGUUCAGCCUGUGGCAAGAGCUUUACCAGUUACAGUAAUUUCCAGCAACACCAGCGCAUUCACACCGGAGAGAAACCCUACCAGUGCUCCCAGUGUGGGAAGAGCUUUAGGACACACCGAAAUCUUCAGCGACACCAGCAAGUUCACACAGCUGAGAACCAGGACGUUUCCACAGAAAGUCUGACCGCUGACUAGUUAUCACAUGAUCUCUUUAAACAACUCUGUACAUUCUGCUGGUUCCUUUUAUAUAUAUAUAUAUUCCCUCAUCUGACAGCUUCAUCAUUACGAAACUGAAUUUUAUACAGUGUGGAAAGUAACAGUCUGCUGUUCCAGAGCAUUAGAGAUUCACCCAGAUGAUAAUGAGCUCAUGAUUUUAAUAUAUAAUCUUGAUGCAUGUCCACGUUGAAUCGUAUCUCUUCUUAACUUGUUUGAAUGCUGAAACAGAGUGGUCACACACACGGUGUAGAAUUGUUAGCCUUGAAUCAAAAGAAAUUGAAUUAUCUGUUAAUUAAAAAUCUGAUUUCUACCAGA